AUAUUUAUUAAAAUUUAAAUAAAGUUUAUAAAGCAAGAAAAAAAUGCUCUUAUUUGGUUAAGUGUUUUUAAAAUCAAAAACUAAAUAUAGAAAACAAAUCCCGGGGAUUAUACAUUUUCUUACAUUUAAACAACAAUUUCAAUAUUUAAACACAUAAUUAAACAAAAUGGAAUUUGUAUUACGAGUACCCUGCCUAGAAGGCAAUACCGAUAUGUCUUGCAAAAAUUGUCACAUCUGCCUCAACUCCUCAACGGCCUUAACAUCCAGCAGUAGCAGCAGCAGCAGCUCUACACACCAACGCUAUACCACGCAGCAGUCCAAAAUUAGCAAUACAGCCUCUUCAACAGUGACCACAACUAGCUCGACCUCGGCCACUUUGACCUUGCGUCGCCUGUGCACUUUUCUGCUGCUGUUGAAUCUAUUUUCAACAGCCGCUGGCUGUGGUCCCGGUCGGGGUAUAGGCGGUCCCAGACCAAAACGUAAAUUAACACCUUUAGUAUUUAAACAGCAUGUACCAAAUAUGUCCGAACAGACAUUGGGAGCUUCGGGUAUUAGCGAAGGUGCCAUCAAUCGUGAUUCGGCUAAAUUUAAAAAAUUGGAAUUUAACAAUAAUCGAGAUAUUAUAUUUAAGGAUGAGGAGGGAACCGGUGCCGAUCAUGUUAUGACUAGGCGCUGCAAAGAAAAACUUAAUACUUUGGCCAUUUCGGUUAUGAAUCAAUGGCCGGGUGUAAGAUUACGUGUUACCGAAAGUUGGGAUGAGGAAUAUUUACACGAUGCCAAUUCUUUGCAUUAUGAGGGCAGAGCUGUCGAUAUUACCACCUCAGAUCGUGAUCGCAGCAAAUAUGGCAUGUUGGCACGUUUGGCUGUGGAGGCUGGUUUCGAUUGGGUCUACUAUGAAACCAGAGCUCAUAUCCACUGUUCAGUUAAAUCGGAUUCUUCUCAUACCCCUCAUGAUAGUGGUUGUUUUACCAAAGACAGUACGGUUUUACUACAAAGCGGAGAAAGCAAGGCUAUGAGUGAUCUUGUUAUAGGAGAUCAAGUUCUUAGCAUGAAUAGCAAGGGUGAGGCCAUCUUUAGUGAGAUCAUAUUGUUUAUGGAUCGUAAUUUAGAAUUGGCUCAAGAAUUUGUGCAAUUAACCACCGAAACUGGAGUACAACUUACUGUAACCCCAGCCCAUUUGGUUAUGGUUUGGAAUUCUGAGAAACAAUUGGCUGAUUAUGUGUUUGCCGAUCGUGUGGAGGAGGGAGAUCAAGUAUUUGUUUUUGACAAUACCGGUUUAUUGAGGCCACAAAAAGUGGUGGAUCUCAAAGCUGUUUUGAGAAAAGGUGUGGUGGCUCCUUUGACCCAAGAAGGUACCAUAGUGGUUAACUCUGUGGCCGCCUCCUGUUAUGCCAUAGUUAAUAGUCAGUCAUUGGCUCAUUGGAGUUUGGCUCCCAUGCGUGUCUGGUCAGCUCUUAAGGAGAGAUUUUCAGCCUCCUCAUCAUCAUCAUCAUCAUUGGCCAAGAGUCAGCAGGCUUCAACAGCUCAAUUACAAAAUGGUGUGCAUUGGUAUGCCAAAACCUUGUACUCCAUUAAGAAUUAUAUUUUACCCAAAUCUUGGAGACACUAGUAGAAGAGCGGGGACAGUGAACGAGUGGAAAAAAGAACAAAAUGUUAAAUGUUAUAAUGGAAGCUGGAAAAUAUUUCCAUGACUUUGUUCUGCUUCGCCAUCGUCGUCUUUAGUUACUAAGUAGGCAAUCUAAUGCAAUGUUUUUGCAAAUAUUAUUAACUUAUUUUAUUAUUUGUAAUAUUAAGAAAUUACCUGUUAUAUGUAUUUAUCAAACAAAAUAAAAUCAAACGAAUUAAAUUGAACUUGCGCAUGCGCAAUCAUAAUUAUAAGUUUAUUUAAACAUAUUUAUAAAACAAAAACAAUUGAAAUUCUUUCUAAAACAAAAAAAUAUUGAACAAGUUCCCUAAAAAUUUGAACAAAGCAUCCA